AUGGAAGAUCAUAUAGUUUUGAAAAAUGGCGCUCGGCAAGAUGCGAUCGCAUCAGGAGCCGAGCCCGGUAUAGAACCGUCACAAUUUCAGCAGCAAUCGCCAAUCAGCAAAGGCUCUAAUACAACACUUGUCGAUGCCUCAGGGGGGAGUGAUGCAUGCGACUCAAAAUCACCAACCCCGGUUCAGGUAUCAAGCCAGGAAAUUGAAUACCUCUUUCUCAAUUUCAGCACUCAUCUCCCAGCCCCCUCGGCUUUGCCUGGCUCGCGUUCCGAUAAGCCGGCUUUACCAGAGCCUCCGGAUUUAAAGCCCUACACAUCACCGUUCGAAUGGCCGAACACUCGCAAAUAUGUGAUUACAGUGCUGGCAUGCACUGUCACCGUGCUAAGUGCCGCCGCUGCGGGAUGUUAUAGUCCUCCCGAGGCCGAACUCACUGUAGCUUGGGGGAUUAGUGGCGUGGUAUACAAUAUUGGUAUUACCAUCUUCACGUUUGGUUUCGCAAUUGCACCGAUGGUUUCGGCCCCUUUCUCGGAGAUCAAUGGACGAAGGCCAAUGUUUAUAGCUAGCGGGAUACUGUUCGUUGUUUGCCAAAUCGGGUGUGGUGUCACCAGAUCUUUUCCUGGUAUGAUUCUUGCUCGGUUCUUCUUGGGUGUCGGGGGCUCAACCUUUUCAACAAUCGUCGGCGGAAUUAUAAGUGACAUAUAUCAUACCAAGGACCGCAACACUCCAAUGGCUCUCUUUUCCACCGCGGCACUAUUUGGAACCGGGUUAGGUCCUCUAGUAGCUGGUGUGAUUGUGAAGCACACAUCAUGGCGUUGGGUGUACUACGCGCAGGCCAUAGAGGCGGCCGUGGUCCUGGUUGCUAUAAUUUUAUUUUUCAAAGAGACCCGAGGCAGUGUGUUGUUGAGCCGUAAAGCAAAGGUACUCAAUAAAUGGUAUGAGGAGCUGGAGAACGCGGGUUGUCCUGGCCUGGACAUUCCGGUUUCUGAAGACAGCGAAAAGAAGCGAUGUCAGCGCAUACGCUGGAAGGUGAAAAGCGAUGAGGAAAGGGAGUCGCUCUUGAAUAUGCUCAGCAUAUCAUUAUAUCGGCCAUUCCACCUCCUGGUUACCGAGCCAGUCGUCUUCUUCUUCUCCCUCUGGGUUUCGUUCAGUUGGGCCGUGCUGUACCUACAGUUUGGUUCGAUACCGCUCGUCUUCCAGAACAAUCAUGGAUUCGAUAUCGCACAAUCUAGCGCGGUAUUCACAUCAAUGUCCGUCGGCGCGAUUAUCGCAUUUUUCAUCAGUACCGGGCAGGAGAAGAUCGCGAAAAAACUUGGGAUGAUGCCAACAACUCCGGAAGGCCGAUUAUAUUUUGUCUGUGUCGGAUCCAUCCUCAUGCCAGCGGGUAUGUUCUGGUUCGGAUGGACUUCUGGUCCUUCGACGCAUUGGAUCUGGCCCGCUCUUGCAGUGGGAUGUGCCACGAUUGGGAUAUUCUCAAUAUAUCUCGCCGUCUUCAAUUACCUGGCCGAUACGUAUCACCGAUAUGCGAGCUCAGCUUUGGCAGCUCAGUCAUGCUGCCGGAAUCUCCUCGGUGGAGCCUUCCCGCUAGUUACCCGCGCCAUGUACAAUAACCUAGGAUAUCCUGAAGCAUCCAGUUUGCUUGGUGGAAUUGGAUCUUUAUUAACCAUUGUUCCAUGGGUUUUGGCAUUCUUCGGGCCUAAAAUCAGGGCUAGGAGCAAAUUUGCAAGUGUACGUCAAGUGGCUCAGGCCCACCUUAACUUAUCGGGCGAACUUAACUGA